AUGGCAGCCGUCCUCAUUACUGGCGCAACAGGAAAACAGGGGGGCUCACUCGUCCGCAACCUGGUCUCCAGACAAGCUCCGUUUGAGAUCUUAGCUGUUACUCGCAACGCCCAGUCCUCGUCGGCUCGGAAACUAACCGAGUUAUCGUCUAAGAUCAAGAUUGUCGAAGGAAAUUUGGACGACCCAGCUGGAAUAUUUGCGAAUGCCUCGAAAGUGACCCAACAGUCGAUCUGGGGAGUAUUCAGUGUGCAGGCAGCUGGGACUGGCUCCCUCGAAGAAGAACAGGGAAAAGCACUGGUUGAUGCUUCAUUGAGGGAAAACGUCAAGUUCUUCGUAUACAGCUCUGUCGACCGCGGCGGAGAUGCUUCAUUCCAGAAUCCAACCAACAUUCCACACUUCAUCCACAAACACAACAUCGAGCACCACCUUGUCGAAAAGACGAAGAACACUGAAAUGAAGUGGCUUAUCUUGCGGCCAACGGCUUUUUUCGAUAACCUCACCCCUGACUUCCUCGGCAAAGUGUUUGCAACCAGCUUCAAACUGGCUCUGAAAGGGAAGCCCUUGCAGUUAGUGGCGACCAGCGACAUUGGCUAUUUUGCGGCUGAGGGGUUCUUGAAUCCUGAGCAGUAUCAGGGUAAAGGUAUCUCACUUGCUGGGGAUGAGUUGACGUAUGAUCAAUAUGCAGACAUCUUUUUGGAGAAAACGGGUACGAAGAUCCCGACCACGUUUGAGCUGGUCAGUCACGGUAUCAUGGCUGCGAUGAAGGAUCUUGGAUACAUGUUUCAAUGGUUCCAUGAUGAGGGUUACAAGGCAAAUAUUACUGAGUUGAAGGAAACCAAUCCAGGAUUGAAGGACUUUGCUACUUGGUUGGAAACAGAGAGUGAAUUUACAGAGCUUUGA